UAAGUGAAAGGGAUGGUCAAUCAUUAAGGUUUUUUUUUUUUUUUAAUAAACCUUUACAAAUGUGUCUUUUUGUUAAUACAUUGUUCGUCACACAGUUUUUCUUUAUCCCUCUUUGGCUGAAUCUUUAUUACUAGCACUAUUAUAAUCCCAAAACUUUUCAAUGGAUUAUCGUGACUGAACUUUAAAUCCUAUCAAUAUGUUAAAAGAGCCACUAAGAUAUAGAAGCAUUCUGUAUAUUCCUUCUCUCAUAAGUAAACAUUAUAAAAUAUCAUACAGUAUAAAUAACUCCCAAGCCUAAAAAUUAAACAAAACAUCAAAAUUAGCAAAGAUGUUUGCCACAGCACCACGUUCUAUGUAUAGGAAUUUCCCAAAAGCACUUACAAAAUUUCCUACAAAUCCACCAACAAUUACAGGGUAUUUAGUAGUAACUGAUGAAGAAUCAGAAGAAAUGGACACUUUUUGUUGGGGCAUUUGUAAGCACAGCAGUAUCACUAAACUCCCAUUUCCUCAAGACAGAGUCUUGAAAGUUGUUCAUAAUCCAGAGUUUGGUGAACCUAGUGUUCAUAAAGUUUGGUUCUUACCUGUUCUUGAUCAACCAAUAGCAUCCAGCCGCUACUAUGUUAUCAAAGCCAAAGGCAGAUAUAAAGGGAGGGCAUAUACAUCUUGGAAAGAAGCAGAUAUGGAUAGUUGUUGCUUUGACAAUUCGAUGAAUGAUCUAAACCCAAAGCCUUUUAAUCACAAAGAUACCUAUCAACAAUUCGAGAUUUGUCCAUAUGAUCUUGGUGGUUUCUAUGCAAAAUCUGUAGCCUACGAUGGAGUUCCUCCGAAAUUCCUCAGGAAAAAAGGAUGGCACGUUAAUAGUAUCCAUUCACUUAAAGUCAAUUUGAAAGAAGCUCAAGGACUCCAAUUAUCCUCUCAACCAUUAGAUUCAGAUACCCCUGAAUUAAACAUCCAAGCAUCUUCCAAACGUUCUGUUCCGAUAAUUCUUGGCAAAUGGUAUAGUCCAUGUGUGUUAGUAAAAGAGAGGAAAAUUAAAACUAAAGAACAGAUGAAUAAAUCAUUGUUCUAUGAAGUGACACUCAAGUGUUGGUGGGAGCAAAUAUUUUCUUGUGAGAAUGUAACAAGAAGAAACAGAGCACACGUGGAGGUGGACGCGCGUGUGAGGAAGUUGUUAACUUUAAUAAGUGGGACGGAAGCUGUGAAAGAGGAAGAAGGGAGUGGCGCGUUUGCUUGGUUUAGAGUGAAAGAGGAAUAUAGAAAUAAAUGUACAUUGGAGAAAGUUGGUUUGCAUAGUGGUGUUAUUGAGAAAAUGAGAUGGAUACAAGAAAGAAGGGGAUGGUUUGAUGGAGGAGAAAGUGAUGUAAGAGUAGAAGGUAUAGAAGAAAUAGAAAGUGAGAAUGGCUAUUGGAGAAAGUUUAGUUGUUAUGUUAUGGUGGAGAGUUUUGUGUUUAGGAGAAUGGAUGGGAGUUUGUUAAUUAACUUCAAUUUCAAGAACACUCAGAAAAUUGUGUGUCAAUGGGAAUGAGGAUACGUGAAAAAAGAUAGUCUGAUGCAUUAAGCUUUCGUUAUGAGUCUGGAGAAAGGCGCCGGACCACGGGAGGAUAUCUGCAAGAAACACAUAUGUUGAUUGGUACAUGUUAAUGUGUUGCUAGCUUCCACUUCUCUCUCUCUCUCUAUAUAUAUAUAUUCUAUAUAUAUAGACUUGUGUUUUAAUCUUCUUCAGUGUUGUCUCUACUUGAGAUGAACUAAUAACAACUGCAGAAUCUAUUCUCUCUAUUUUUAAGUUAUAACUUGGUCCUUUUCGUUUCUUUAAAAAUAAUUACUGUUAGUAUUGUAUUGUGGCUUGCACCCAAGAUAUGCUUUUAAUAAAAAGUUAACUGAUAGGAUUAUCCGA